UAUCCUAUUUUUUUAAUAAUUUAAUUUAAUAUUUAUUGAAGAAUGGAAUCCAGCAUUGAAUGUGUAUCAUCAACUGAUGGUAUGGACGAUGAAGAGAUCUCUCACCCAAAUCCAUUUUCUCAAUUUUCAUCUUCAACAAAAUCAUCUCAUAAUAAUAUUAACACCAAUAAUCCCACCACAAGUGUUCAUGAGCUUCUAGAAUGCCCUGUUUGUACCAAUUCUAUGUACCCUCCCAUCCAUCAGUGCCACAACGGGCAUACACUAUGUUCUACAUGCAAAGUGAGGGUCCACAACAGAUGUCCGACAUGCAGACAAGAACUCGGUGACAUACGGUGUUUAGCCCUAGAAAAAGUGGCCGAGUCACUCGAACUCCCGUGCAAGUAUUGCUCCCUUGGAUGCCCAGAGAUAUUCCCUUAUUACAGCAAGUUGAAACACGAGGCGGCUUGUAAUUUUAGGCCGUACAGCUGUCCCUAUGCUGGCUCGGAGUGCUCGGUUGUUGGAGAUAUUCCAUACUUAGUUGCUCACUUGAGAGAUGAUCACAAAGUGGACAUGCAUUCUGGAUGCACUUUUAAUCAUCGCUAUGUUAAAUCGAACCCACGAGAUGUGGAGAAUGCCACAUGGAUGCUAACUGUGUUCCAUUGCUUUGGGCAGUAUUUUUGCCUGCACUUCGAAGCUUUCCAACUCGGAAUGGCCCCCGUUUAUAUGGCGUUUCUUCGGUUCAUGGGAGACGAAAUGGAUGCUCGUAAUUACAGCUACAGUUUGGAAGUAGGUGGAAACGGAAGGAAACUUAUAUGGGAAGGUACGCCUCGAAGCGUUAGAGAUAGUCACAGAAAAGUUAGAGAUAGCCACGAUGGACUUAUUAUACAGAGAAAUAUGGCUCUCUUCUUUUCCGGCGGAGAUAGGAAAGAGCUUAAGCUUAGAGUGACGGGCCGAAUCUGGAAGGAACAACAAAACCCUGAUGGCGGAGCUUGCAUACCCAAUUUCUGCAGCUAACGCUUUGCUUCUUCGGGUUUUUUUUCGUUUUCGAGAUUCUUUUUUUUUUUCCUUUUCGGGGUGAUGUAAUUUUUUUAUGGAAAAAAAGGAAAUGUGUGAUUAGUUAGUAACGAUAAGGUUCAGACAUUGUUGAAGUGUAUGUGUGGAGCUUAUGAUCAAAUUUGUGAGCUUAUAUUCAUUUGUAGUGCUGAUAAUGUAAGAACAAAUUGUAUGUAAUCAAUCGUACUCUCAUAGCUACUUUUCUAAGAUUUUCUUGAUCUUUUAAGGUUCUCUGGUAAUAAUAUCCAUGACUCGGUGAUCUGUUUCUU